AUGCUGAGGCGUAGUACAAGCGGUGGAUCUGGCCUACGUUGUGUUUGUCGGCUGGGCAUAUGGGUCACUCUUACUUCUAUUCUGGCCGUGCGGUGACCCGUAUUCGGCCUAUGCUCUUUCCAUAAAGCUCCUAGCUUUCUCCUCAUACUGUGGACCUCUCAUCGACCUCUUUCCUCACCUCGCUCAACUUUAAACUGUCCAGCUCCAUACUACACUCUACAUCAACUCUAUCACCACUCAAAACCCUUCCAAUAUGACCUUCUACCACACUGCUGAAGACAUCCGCAUCGAUGACGGCCACAUCCUGAGGGCUCGUCUCCAGACCGCCGACGGCGAGUGGAACGAUGCCGAGAUCGACCUCAACAACCACAUUGGUAACGACAACGGUCAUUUCUUCUGGGACGGUGAAAACUUCUCCCAUUCGGCAGAGGAUAUCGAGUUCGCGCUUGAGGGAGACGGUGACGUCCCUGUCCUCCGCGCUACCCUCAGGGAUGAGGAGGGCAACGGUGAGACUCGCGACAUCAACUUGGGCGAACGCAUCAUCAACAACGAUGGCAACUUCCAUUACGGUACGUCAUUAUGAGCAGACUCUUCGCGAGCUUGUUGCUAACACAUCUUACAGAGUAGGCAUCUUCCUGCGAUGAGCCUAGUACAAGUUCCUCGUGCCUCAAUCAGAUCCUAUGACGGGUGUCAGUCUUACGAUAUGAGCUUCAGGUAUCUUCGUGUACUCCCCAAAUGAAAUGAAAUGAAAUAAUACGAUGAUUCCCCAUGAACACUGCCAUAGCCUACCUGCUAUACUACCGUCACGGUAUCCGACUGUCGCUCCGAUACCUCGUGC